AUGGCAGGGCACUUGGGGCGAGAGCUGGGGCGUUCGUACCCCUUUCCCGUCCAAGGUCUCCACCUGAACCAACUACCAGCUGUCCCCCAUCAUGAACCGGCCGGGGGCUUCUUGCCUGAAGCCUUCAACGGGGCAACUCCUGGACAGGGCUAUGUAUUUAAGCCCGACUAUGGGCCGCCAGGAGGGAUGAUGGAUGCCCUCCCUGGUGGAGGAGAUGCUCCCAGGGUUUGGUACCCUUUACCGACAGGUAUGGAUGCUUGGGGUCACCAUCCGGGGAUGGUGAUGGGGCCUUAUGGGGUCGUUCAGUCUGGGGAGGCCUGCCCAGGCCCAAAGCCAGACAUCAAGGUGGAACGAGACUGUGAUGAGCCGGGGCCCUACUUCGGGCACCCCUGGGCAGGCGGCUGCGUGCUGCCUCCCACUCCAACAUUAGCCCGUACGGCACCCAGCAGCAGCCAGGAGACGGUCACCCCUGACUAUGAUAUCCAGCCUCCCAGCAGCCCUGCGAGCGAGCAGGAUGAAAUUGGCAGUGCUGACAGCAGCCCCCAGAGCGACGGCAGCCAAAGUCCCGAGGAGCCCAUGGUCUCUGGAGAGAUCAAGGAAGAAGUGGGCAGUGGAGACGAGGACAUUCCCACCUCAGAAGAACUGGAACAGUUUGCCAAAGAACUGAAGCACAAGAGGAUCACUUUGGGCUUUACUCAGGCAGAUGUAGGACUUGCCCUAGGGGUGCUGUAUGGGAAGAUGUUCAGCCAGACCACCAUCUGCCGCUUUGAGGCCCUGCAGCUCAGCUUCAGGAACAUGUGCAAACUGAAACCACUCCUUCAGCGCUGGUUGCAUGAGGCCGACAGCAAUGAAAACCUGCAGGAGGUGAGCUACCAAAUGUGUGCUGCCGAGUCCGCCAUGAUCCAAGCUCGGAAACGCAAGCGUACCAGCAUCGAGACCACCGUGCGGGUCUCACUUGAGGCUUACUUCCUGCGUUGCCCGAAGCCCAGCCUGCAAGAGAUCUCGCAGAUUGCUGAUGACCUCAACCUGGAGAAGGAUGUUGUCCGUGUUUGGUUCUGCAAUCGCCGCCAGAAGGGCAAGCGCAACCUAGGAGCCGGCUCGCGGGAGGAUUAUGACAGCGCCGCUCUGCCGCCGCCUUUCCCACUUCAAGCUCAGGGCCCGGGGCUCAGCCCCACCCACCACCAACUGGCCGCCCCUCCUCACCCCCAGGGCUACAACACAGCUGCCUUCGCUGCCCUUUACCUCCCCCAGUUCCAUGAAGGAGACCCCUUUGUUCCCCCCACAUCUGGCUCCCCAGUUAUGGGUCACACAAUGCAAUCGAGCUGA